AUGGGGGCUUGUAUGAGCUCGAAUGUGGAAGAUACGGAACAGAGGAAGAGAAGUCAAAGGAUUGAUAAGACGUUGGAGGAGGACUCGAAAAGACUUCGACGAGAAUGCAAAAUCCUUCUACUAGGUUCGGGCGAGAGUGGUAAAUCAACGAUAGUCAAGCAGAUGAAAAUCAUACACCAGAAUGGGUACACCGUAGACGAGUUAGCUUUGUAUCGAUUGACGAUCUAUAAAAAUUUGAUUGAUUGUGCAAAAGCAUUAGUCGGUGCAAUGCGACAGAUGGAGAUCGAGCCAACGAAUCCGGCAAAUAAGGAGUACGGUUCAUUUCUAUUAGAGUAUAUCGUCGACCCAGAUCCUCAUACACCACUUAAUCCCAGGGUUGGCACCGCUGUGGCAUCGGUAUGGAAGGAUGGAUCUAUGGAACGUUUGUUAGCAAGACAGAGUGAAUUCUAUUUGAUGGAUUCAGCACCAUACUUCUUCGAAGAAGCUGGAAGGAUAGCAGCACACGACUACAUCCCUACGGAAGCCGAUGUUUUGAGGGCCAGAACAAAGACAACUGGUAUCUACGAGACAAGAUUCACCAUGGGCUCAUUGAGUAUACACAUGUUUGAUGUGGGUGGACAAAGAAGUGAGAGAAAGAAGUGGAUUCAUUGCUUUGAGAAUGUCACCUCAAUCAUCUUUUGUGUUGCUUUGAGUGAAUAUGAUCAGGUUCUUUUGGAGGAGAGUAAUCAGAACCGUAUGAUGGAGAGUCUGGUCUUAUUUGAUUCGGUCGUGAACUCAAGAUGGUUUAUGCGAACCAGUAUUAUUCUAUUCCUCAAUAAAGUUGAUUUGUUCAAACAAAAGCUUGGUCGAUCACCUCUCGAGAAUUACUUCCCGGAUUAUUCUGGUGGAAAUGAUCUGAAUAGAGCAGCAAACCUUACACAAGCCACCGAUACUUCGAAUAUUCGACUCGUAUUCGCUGCUGUUAAAGAGACGAUAUUACAAAACGCUCUCAAAGACUCGGGCAUACUUUAA